AUGGAGCCAGAAGCCAAGUCCAGCCUGUUUGGGCUUAGAGACACCAGCUUAGACCCUCCUAGCAGUCAGGAUGCUUUUAGCUGCAAGCCCCUGGAGCAGAAACGGGGAACAAGCUGUGGAAGGUGUCAGCAGCUGCAGCUGGCUGCCGAGGAGCCCAACAUGGAGGAGGGCUUGAAAUUCAAGGAGGGGAAAGCACUGCUAAAAUUCAUAGCUGAAAGGGACCACCUGAAGAUGAAGACUAAGCACAGGAAGGCAGAGUCAGGAGAUGGAGACAAAGCGGUUUCAGAAAUUCCCUGUGGACUGCUGCAGCCUGGUCUCAUCCUGCAGCACAGAGGUGAAAAUGGGGCCCACGACGCAGCCUUUCAGAAGAGAGUGCUGGAGCAGCUGCUCCCUGAGCUCACGGGGCUGCUCAGCCUCCUGGACCAUGAGUACCUCAGUGACACUGCCCUGGAGAAGAAGAUGGCUGUGGCCUCCAUCCUGCAGAGCCUGCAGCCCCUCCCAGCCAAAGAAGUCUCCUACCUGUAUGUGAACACAGCGGACCUCCACUCCGGGCCCAGCUUCGUGGAGUCCCUCUUUGAAGAGUUCGACUGUGACCUGAGUGACCUCCGGGACAUGCCAGAAGAUGACGGGGAGCCCUGCAAAGGAGCCAGUCCUGAGCCAGCCAAGAGCCCGUCUCUGAGACAUGCAGCCGACCUGCCUCCACCGCUUCCCCAAAGGCCCCCGCCCGAGGACUACUAUGAAGAGGCCCUUCCCCUGGGCCCGGGCAAGUCCCCUGAGUACAUCAGCUCCCACAAUGGCUGCAGUCCAGCCCACUCCAUCAUGGAUGGCUACUAUGAGGAUGCAGACAGCAGCUACCCCACGACCAGGAUGAAUGGGGACCUAAAGAACUCCUACAAUGACUCUGACCCGAUGAGCAGCUCCUAUGAGUCCUAUGAUGAGGAGGAGGAGGAAGGGAAAGGGCCACAGCCCACGCACCAGUGGCCCUCGGAGGAGGCCUCCAUGCACCUGGUGAGGGACUGCCGGAUAUGUGCCUUCCUGCUACGGAAAAAGCGCUUUGGGCAGUGGGCCAAGCAGCUGACCGUCAUCAAGGAGGACCAGCUCCUGUGUUACAAAAGCUCCAAGGACCGGCAGCCGCAUCUGAGGCUGGCGCUGGAUGUCUGCAGCGUGACCUACGUGCCCAAGGACAGCCGGCACAAGAGGCACGAGCUGCGCUUCUCCCAGGGGGCUACCGAGGUCUUGGUGCUGGCACUGCAGAGCCGGGAGCAAGCCGAGGAGUGGCUGAAGGUCAUCCGAGAGGUGAACAGGCCUGCCGGGGCGACUGAGGGCACAGACGUGCCCCAAUCCCCAGUCCUCCUGUGCAAGCUGGACCUAGACAAGAGACUGUCCCAAGAGAAGCAGACCUCAGACUCAGACAGCCUGGGCAUGGGUAACAGCUGUUCUACUCUAGGCCGCCGGGAGGCCUGCGACCACGGCAAAGGGAAGAAGAGCAGUUUGGCAGAGCUGAAGGGUUCAAUGAGCAGGGCCGCGGGCCGCAAGAUCACCCGCAUCAUCAGCUUCUCCAAGAAGAAGCCACUGGCUGAUGACCUGCAGACAUCCUGCCCCCAUGAGGAGGUUCCAUGCUGUGGCUAUCUGAACGUGCUGGUGAACCAGGGCUGGAAGGAACGCUGGUGCCGCCUGAAGUGCAACACUCUGUACUUCCACAAGGAUCACACAGACCUGCGGACCCAUGUGAAUGCCAUUGCUCUCUGCGGCUGUGAGGUGGCCCCAGGCUUUGGGCCCAGACAUCCAUUUGCCUUCAGGAUUCUGCGCAACCGGCAGGAGGUUGCCAUCUUGGAGGCAAACUGCUCAGAGGACAUGGGCCGCUGGCUUGGGCUGUUGCUGGUGGAGAUGGGCUCCAAAGUCACUCCCGAGGCACUGCACUAUGACUACGUGGAUGUGGAGACCUUAACCAGCAUCGUCAGUGCAGGGCGCAACUCCUUCCUAUAUGCAAGAUCCUGCCAGGAUCAGUGGCCUGAGCCCCGUGUGUACGAUGAUGUUCCUUAUGAAAAGAUACAGGAUGAGGAGCCUGAGCGUCCCGCGGGGGCCCAGGUGAAACGCCAUGCCUCCUCCUGCAGUGAGAAGUCCCAUCGAGUGGAUCCGCAGGUCAAAGUCAAGCGCCAUGCCUCCAGUGCCAAUCAAUACAAGUACGGCAAGAACCGAGCGGAGGAAGAUGCCCGGAGGUACCUGGUAGAAAAAGAGAAGCUGGAAAAGGAGAAGGAGACAAUCCGGACAGAGCUGAUGGCACUGAGGCAGGAGAAGAGGGAGCUGAAGGGAGCCAUUCGCAACAACCCAGGAGCGAAGUUAAAGGUUCUGGAGGAGGCCGUGGCCACCCUGGAAGCUCAGUGUCGGGCAAAGGAGGAGCGCCGGAUCGACCUGGAGCUGCGACUGGUGGCUGUGAAGGAGCGCUUGCAGCGAUCCCUGGCAGGGGGCCCAGCCCUGGGCCUCUCUGUGGGCAGCAAGAACAAGAGUGGGGAAACUGCAAAUAAACCCCAGAACAAUGCCCCAGAGCAACCUGUCCCUGUCAACUGUAUUUCUGAGCUGAGGAAGAGAAGCCCAUCCAUCGUAACCUCCAACCAAGGAAGGGUGCUACAGAAAGCCAAGGAAUGGGAAAUGAAGAAGACCUAGAAAAAGGAUGAAGAUUUCAUUCCAAAGGAAAUACAAGAUUGUAUUGGAAACACUUUUUUCACAAGGAGAUGCCAGAACACUGGAAGUAGCCCCCAAUGGAAGUAGCCUCUCCAGGGCACCCAAAAGACCAGCCUUUAUUGUCUGCAUGAUUACAGGGGAUAUGGGGAGGGAAGAAGUGGAAGG